UGUCCCUCGGACACAUCGGAUCACCGAUCCAUGGAAAGAGCCAAAGAUGUCGGCUCGGUCAUGUGAUCAGCGAGCACUGAUGAUCAGUGUGCCCUGAUGAUCAGUGUAACCCCAGCAGUGCCACCUGUCAGUGUCCAUCAGUGCCAGCUGUCAGUGCACAUCUGUGCGAUGUUCCAGUGCCCAUCAGUGCCACAUCAAUGCCACAUAUCAGUGCCUAACAGUGCACAUCAAUGCCACAUAUCAGUGCCCAUCUGAGCUGCCUUUCAGUGUCACCCAUCAGUGCCAGUCAGUGCCACCUAUCAAUGCCAAUCAGUGCCACCUAUCAGUGCUGGCAAUCAGUGC